AUGCCACUUGCGCCUAGUCGCGUUUCGAAAUUGCCACGAGAGGUGGAAUUGCCCCUACUAGAAAAUCGACAGUAUACGUGUUUGAGCACGACACCUGGUGAGCCGGCCGACUGUACACUUCGAUUCAAAGAUGGCGAUAAUGAACGAACAACAAUCAACGAUAGCGGCUGCUUUACG